AUGAAUUUUAUUGUUUUACUUGAGUUCGUCUUGGUUAUGGAUUCUGAGCUUCCAAAACGGUUGUUCAUAGCAGGGUCUAAGCCUGAAGUUUCACACAUCAAUAACUACUGCAGACUAGGGAUUUUAGAUAAAUUGAAGUCUCGGUUUAAAAUGAGUAUGAGGAAGUGGAGAGGGAUCCUGUGUUUUCUCAGAUUUUGGCGUUUCAUCGCAACAACUUAA